GACUCGGAGAGCGGAUCCAAGAUGGCGGCUGAGGCGGAGUACGAGUCCAUCCUGUGCGUGAAACCCGAGAUCAGCGUCUACCGCAUCCCGCCGCGUACCUCCAACCGCGGAUACAGGGCGUCGGACUGGAAACUGGAUCAGCCCGAUUGGACUGGUCGCCUCCGAAUCACUUCCAAAGGGAAGAUUGCUUACAUCAAACUUGAAGACAAAGUGUCAGGGGAGCUGUUUGCUCAGGCGCCAGUGGACCAAUAUCCUGGCAUUGCUGUGGAGACAGUGACAGAUUCUAGCCGAUACUUUGUGAUCCGGAUUCAAGAUGGCACUGGACGUAGUGCUUUCAUUGGUAUCGGCUUCACAGAUCGGGGUGAUGCCUUUGACUUCAACGUUUCUCUGCAAGAUCACUUCAAAUGGGUAAAGCAGGAAUCUGAGAUCACCAAAGAAUCUCAGGAAAUGGAUACUCGCCCCAAGUUGGAUCUAGGCUUUAAGGAAGGACAAACUAUCAAAUUGAGUAUUGGGAAUAUUACAACAAAGAAAGCCGGAACUGCUAAGCCUCGACCUGUAGGAGCUGGGGGCCUGAGCCUACUGCCACCUCCACCUGGGGGCAAAGUGACUAUUCCCCCACCUUCAUCUUCAGUUCCCAUCGCUAAUCACGUCACUCCACCUCCCAUCCAGAAAUCCAUUCAAGGUGGCAAUGAUGCAGAUAUCCUCUUAGACUUUGAUUCUCCUGUUCCUGUCUCAAAGACACCAGCACCUGCUCCAGUUUCUGCUCCUGCUCCUGCUUCUGCGGUGACCGAUCUAUGGGGAGACUUCAGUACUGCAUCCAGCUCUGUUCCAAACCAGACACCACAGCCGUCCAACUGGGUCCAAUUCUGAGCAGCAGGGAUAAACUUGAAGACCAAGAGAAUUCAAGGGCACCAAUUGGAGGGGGGGAAUUGGGAAACUCCACUUUCUCCAGAACUGAAAUUCCUGGACAGUCUUUUAAAAAGCUUUCCUAUUGCAAUCAAGAGCUGGUUUAUGUACCUCCCUACAGUUGAUCACAUGCUGUACAGCCCAGGGAGCAUCUCCUGCUGCCUAACAAGGCUGAGAGGUGGGUGUGAGCCCACUUGUGACUGAGCAUACAGUGCUUGUAGGGCCAGGGUCUCUAUUUCAAGGGGAAUUUACCUAUACUCACAGUUGCUCAGCUCUCCCUUUUUAAUUCCUUACCCUUCUCCAAGGCCAUCUGGUGGCCCGUUGCCCUUUUUUGGUGGCAGUGUGGCAGGGUAGGCUUGAAUGGCCUUUCCCUCAAGUAACACAGUAGGUAAGUGUAAACCUUUUUGCAGCUCUAUUUGGUUUCUGCAAUUGAAGGGACUUAUUUCUUUGGGAAUAGAUGUUAGGAGGAAAGGAGACACUAACCCCAUCACAAUCUUUAUCCCAGGGCUUCAAGUUGGGAUAGAGUCGUCUGAGAUUAAUUUCAGGCCUGUGUGUUUACAAAAUGAGUGGUGAAAGGUGAGCGUAAGGCUAUGUAGAUAGAUGAGUGAAGCUCUUGCUCCCCACUUUCUGCCAUAUUCUCUUCUUACUAAUCUCAUUUGGGAAAUGACAGUGCUGGGAGCAACUCCAUUGCCCUCUUCUAUGUUUACACGUCUCUCCCUUUGAGAAGAGGGUUGCGUUGGUGCCAUUUGCUCUAUCACUUUGUGUUUCUUCACCAGGGCAAUGUCUCUGACCAGGGUAAGAUUUUUGAGUGGCUGUUUUCCCAAGUUGCCCAUUAGCUAGGUGUUAGGUUUCUGUAGCCCCAUCUAGUUGCUUCAUUUGAAGCAAGACCUUUUUCUUCUUUUACCUUUGUGACCUAGAGUUGAGGGAGUCAGGAUCCGUGCAUUGGGGAAGUACAGAACACUUUAGUCCUCUUGCGGGUGAUGGUAUAAUGUGCCCUUCCUUCCUUGGUACCUGGUGUCUGACCUGGAUUGUUUGAUGGGACCAUGUAUGUCUUCUCUGUCCAUUUCUCAUAAAGCCUGGCCCUUUUAACCAGAGAAACCCAUCUCCUGCGCUCAGCUCUUCAAGUGAGGACUGCUGCUAUGCCUGUACCUGCCAUUUAUAAAGAAUGCUCAGGAGAACCAUAGCUACAGCAGUUUGACAAAUUUUGAAAAGUGGAGGCUUUGUGAAUAACCUUUGCCCAGAGGAAUAUCAGAACAAAGUCUGAGGAUUUGUUUGGUUUUGUUUUGUUUUUCAUCAUUUCCCUUUCCUCCUCGCAACGCUGUGAAGAGAGUUUCCUUUCCCAUGGGAAAGGACAUUCUCAUUUGUUUCUGUUAAGACGCUAAUUAUGAUGAGGGGAGGAUUUAUUGUGAAAAAUAAGUACCAUUCCUUUUUUUUUUUUUACCUUCAGUCUGUUCUUUUACUCUGGAUGAAGAGCCUUUGAGUCUAAUCUGGAAAUAGAUAUUAUCUUGGAAAUCCUUGAAAUCUUUUCAUGCCCUUCCCAUGAACUUGUGGGUCCGCGUUUGUUUUUGUCUUUUUUCUGCGCUAUAAAUCAAGCAGUUCUGUACUUGCUGAGCUCUGGAAGCUCCUUUUUUGUUUCAAAUGGAAAACACUAAAGGAAAAUACGGAGACUCACUAGCGGUUAAACAUUGGGAGGCUCUUUUCUCAUCUCCCUUCGCCUGUUCUUACUUUGUAUCCCCCGAGAUGAUAAUAUAUUAUGUAUUUGAACCGCUGCAACACUGAAAAACAAGAUAUAUAUGUAUAUAAAGCAUACGGUGUAUCGGUGCAAUAAUGGUAAUUAAAAUACGGGAAAGGGUCGUGUCUGUCUGA